AUGAAGUACCAACGUGUUCUGUACAUGAACAAAUUUACUAAAGAAUUGAAGUCGAAAUUGCGCCUCGUAUCUUAUGACAAGCGGCGAUCAUUGAAGGGAAAUGUAUAUUAUGUUAGUUUUGCAUCAGAUGCCGACAUAGAAUAUGCUGAUCGAGCUUGCAAACGACUCCACAAUGUUACACUGAAGCCUUUCCAAUCCCGUUCUUCUGUCGAAACUCAAUAUGAGCGUCGGUUUAGUACACGCAACCAUAAAAAGACUAUUUCGUUAUCAUGUGCUCCAUUAUCAGCUACACCUUUUCUAUCACCACGUACUAUGCUUAGUUUUCUGCCUGAUAACAAUUCUUCAUUUAUUACAUCUCAAUCGGCUUCUUUACGGUGCACUAAUGAAACACUUGAAGAACAUGCAAUGCGUGUCCUUGGCCCAUGUAUCGAUAUUAAUCGUGGUGUUACGCCAUCACGUGUUCUUCAAUCAAUAGAUUUAAUAAGUUCUGCUCCUGGUGCAAAUUUCACUGAGAGUCAGGUGACUUCAAAUAGAAAGGAGCAACAACAACUUAUCAAUAAUGUUCAAUCGUGCUUAAGCGCUGUGAAAACAGCAAGACAAGCCGCUGAUGAUCUUUGUCAACUUUACCGUAAGGAUUCACCAUUUUAA